AUGAACACACAAGACAGCAAAGAUGAGCGUCGUUAUGUUUCCCCGCCGGUAACGGGGAAACGUGAAGAUAUGCAGGGCGGAAUUGGAGAGGUUGCAAAACCUGGCUCAUGUUCGAAUGUGAAGAGUAUUGAAUCAAGCUCUGUCCAGGUAGAUGAACCUGAACCGUCUACUUGUUCAGAAAGUGCAUUCGCCAGAAGCUCUGGAAGAUCAAACUCGGUCAAAUACACAAACAGCAAUGAGUACCGGGCUCAGACCUAUGGCACGCAACUAUUGGGUACUGGAAUCACUCCCGUCGGGGGGAGCGCUGGGGAUGGAAAGCAUGCAGAGAGACCUUUUGGCCAAUCACCCGCUUCUCUUCGACCAAAUACGAUUGAGACAAUAAGCUAUGGUUCACACAGCUAUGUCACGAUCACAAGCUCAGCAUACACGAAACUCGCAAGUGAGAACAGUAGGUGCAAGGCAUCCAUCUACCGACUGCAAGAAGAGCUCUGGAGGGAAAAGGCUCGAGUGAGAAAAUUGGAAGAAGAAGUAAGAGACCAAGAGCAUGUCAUUGCCAAGGUCCACUCUAACGCCAUCAGCCUGCUAAGCAGCAACGUAUCCAGUGACUUGCCUGACGACAAGAUCCGGCGAGGUCUUAGCAACUUGCUUGAUGGCAUUGCCCGCGAUUGGUGCUUGGACCUUCACGCAACCGACGACAUAGACGAGUCUGGCGCAGCUACCGUGCUCAUGUCCAACAAUAUCCUAGCUGAUGCUUCUGAUCUGCCGGCGCAUCUCAGGAUCAACAUGCGGGACGAAACAGCCGCUCCCGUGCUGCUUCAAGCUGCGCUUGCAAAGUCUCUUUGCGACAGCUUUUUAAUGGAGCCAUUUUUUCUCCAGGACUGGCUGCCAAGAGCUUCUGAUGCGGCGUUCAAAGGCACCAACCUUCAUGCCAUAACAACUUGGCGCGUCCAAACUGUUGAGUACUUGGAGGUGGUCUUUCCACCCUCGAAGGACUAUUUUAGGGAAAGGGCAGACGGCUUCGUUAGAGAAUAUUCAUGCCUACUACGGCAGGUCCAUGAAGACGCGCUCUCGGAGCUCUCAGAACUGAUGGAGCAAUUCUUCAAACUGGCACUGCAACUGUGGAAGCGUCAUGUGCUUAUUAGCGUCGAAGGCUUGGAGGAACAGGACCUGAAGCACUUUCGCUCAGGACAGCCAGACAUGGAGGCUGAGGACAGCGUCUUGAAUGGAGCACGAGGGGCACAUCUGGAUGGAAGGCCUGUUCAGGUCAUGGUUCGGCCAUGA